AUGACAGUGUAGAUGGCUCCUUUAAGAUUAACUGCAUUGCACUGGAUUAUAUGCCAGUGUAGACUCAUAUAAUCCAGUUCAAACUGCAUUAUAUGGCAGUGUAGGUGGAGCCUUUAAGAUUAACUGCAUUGAACUGGAUUAUAUGGCAGUAUAAAGAUGAUAGAUAGAUAGAUAGAUAGAUAGAUAGAUAGAUAGAUAGAUAGAUAAAUAGAUGAUAGAUAGAUGAUAGAAAGAUGAUAGAUAGAUAGAUAAAUAGAUGAUAGAUAGAUGAUAGAUAGUAGACAUGUCCAAAAAAUCGUUUUGAAUCGUAUAUCGGAAUUAUUUCGGAUUGUUCUCGCUUUUUGAUAUGCAUUCCGAGACAUUGUUUCACAGUGCAACCAGCAAUGUAAUUCGAACCAUUGUUGGCCCAUUCUCUAAUUGUCUCUUAAUGUUUUGUUAAUCCCCCCCCCAAAAAAAAUGUUAAAAUAUAUUUUAAAAAAUAUUUAAAAAUUCUUUUUGUUUCUGCAACCUACCUUGAAUGGGAGCUUAGCGCAGCCUAACAUGGCUGCCGCUCCCCGGCCAAUCAGAAGCUUCCACGCAAAGGUGGGGGCUAACGUCCUCUGCGUCCACAUGGAAGAUUGCCAUACAAGCCCAGUGUGUAGCGAUUGCGCAUGCGCGUCCGCCAUUUUAGAAACAUUUAGAAUCAUUACGAAUUUUCGGAAAUAUCCAAAAAUUUUGGGUGAAAAAAUCGGAAAUACUUUCUAUAGCAUCCCCUACUUUAGAAACGAGAAUUGAAGCAUUUUUUUCAUCGAUCGGACAUGCCUAAUAGAUAGAUGAUAGAUAGAUAAAUAGAUGAUAGAUAGAUGAUUGAUAGAUAGAUAGAUGAUAGAUAGAUGACAGACAGACAGACAGACAGACAGACAGAUAGAUAGAUAGAUAGAUAGAUAAUCUUUGUGGUUCUGGCUGCUAAUUUGAACAGGAACUACAACUUCCCAAUUUCUCCAAUAUAUUCUAUUUAUCAAUUGUUGAGACAAACUUUUCUCCCUCGAUGAUGAUGAUAAUGAUUCUUCCGACGCCUUUGUUGUGAUGCCGUUUUAAUGAAUGGGGAGGAAAAAAAGGAGCGAAGUGCACGCUUGUCAGAGCAUGAGCAAAGCGCGAGUCAUCCCUCCGUUGUUUAAUCACACAUGAAAUGAUAUCUGACACAGCAUCGAGGGGGAGAAGCAGCAAAUUGGGUGACAAUGGAUGGGGAGGGGGAUGCAUCCACACUGUUGACUUAAUGCACUUUGACACCACUUCAGCUGCCUUGGCUCCAUGCAAUGGGCAAGGAAGCAAAAAGGCUUUGUGAAACAACAACACCCAGGACUUGAUAGCAUCGAGGCCCCAUCAACAUUGCCAUAUAAUUCACUUCAAUGUCCUUAAUCUGCAUCCUGAACCUAUACGAGUGAAACCAUAGGAGUGUAGUAGACUCAUAUAAUUUAGUUCAAUCUGCAUUAUAUGAGUCUACACUGACCAUGAUGAUCCAAACUGCAUUGAACAGCAAUGUCGAUGGGGCCUGAGUUCAAGUAUUGCCAAACUGCAUUCAUUCUACAGUGUAGAUGCUCCCCUAGAAAGGACAUUUGCAAUCCAAUUUAGAAAUGUGAAAACAUUAAAUGCAUAGAGAUGACUAUAAUUCUCAAAGAGAUAAUAUAGGAGGAAAGAAAUGGGUGUUUGAACUGGAAUGAAUGGCCUGAGUGAUGCCAGGCCUGGAAGGGGUUGGACUAGAUGGCCUUUGGGGACCCCAACUCUAGGAUUAUAUAGUCUACACACUUUCUAAUGAUUAUAAGGCUACAUGGGCAUCUGUCAGGAGGGAUUUUGUUGCAUCUGGUCAAAAGGGAUUGGACUGGAUGGUCUUUGGAGGCCCCAACUCUAGGAUUAUAUAGCCCACAUACUUUCUAAUGACUAUGAGGCUGGAUGGCCAUCUGUUGGGAGGGAUUUAAUUGCGUCUGGCUGGAUGGGGUUGGACUGGAUGGCCUUUGGAGAUCCCUUCCAACUCUAGGAUUGUAUGAUUCAGAGGCUGAAUGGCCAUCUGUCAGGAGGGUUUGACUGUGUCUUCCUUCCUGGAUGUCAGGCUACAUUCAUUCUAGAAGCCAGACCAUCCCUUCUGUGCGUCUGGAGAUAAAACUACAAUUUAAUUUUAAGUACAAUUCCUGGGAGUGAUUGAAUAGCCAGUCCCCUGUGACCGGAUUUGUGCCGAGGGGGGAAAAUAAAUAAAUAAAAUGUCCAUGCAAAAAUUCAAAAUUAAUUGGGGCUCAUAGACGCCAAAGGGAGAGUUUCCAUCUUUUGACUCAAAGCAGAGCAUCAGAUUUCCUUUGAAAUAGAGCUUCGGGCAGCUUUCGCCUAGGCUGCUUUGGCUCAAAAUAUAAAGCCAGAUAAAAAUCAAGAAAUCAACAUCUGAGCUGGAGCAUAAAUGCACUUUGGCCCCUUCUACACUGCCAUAUAAGAUCCAGAUUAUCUGAUUUAUAUAGCAGUGUAGCCCCCUUACUUUCUAAUGACUAUAAGGCUGAAUGGCCAUCUGUCCGAAGGGAUUUCAGUGCAUCUGGCUGGAUAGGGUUGGACUGGAUGACCUUUGGGGGUUCCAACUCUAGGAUUGUAUAGCCUACACCCUUUCUGAUGACUAUGAGGCUGGAUGGGCAUCUGUUGGUUGGGAUUUCAUUGCAUCUGGCCAGAAAGGGUUGGACUGGAUGGCCUUUGGGGGUCCCAUCUCUAGGAUUCUAUAGCCCAUGCCCUUUUUAAUGACUAUGAAGCUGGAUGGCCAUCUGUUGGGAGAAAUUUAAUUCUAUCUGGCUGGAUGGGGUUGGACUGGAUGGCCUUUGGGAGUCCCAACUAGGAUUCUAUAGCCCAUGCACUUGGAUAGGGGUCCUUUUGGACUCUAGAAUUGUAUGAUUCAGAGCUUGGAUGGCCAUCUGUCGGGAAGGAUUUAAUUCAGUCUGGCUGGAAAGGGUUGGACUGGAUGGCCUUUGGGAGUCCCAACUCUAGAAUUCUAUAGCCCAUGCACUUUCUGAUGACUAUGAGGCAGGAUGGGCCUUUGUCGGGAGGGAUUUCAUCUGUCGGGAGGGAUUUCAUUGCAUUUGGCCUAAAGAGGUUGGACUGGAUGGCCUUUGGGAGUCCCAACCCUAGGAUUCUAUAGCCCAUGCACUUUCUGAUGACUAUGAGGCUGGAUGGGCAUCUGUUGGGAGGGAUUUCAUCUGUCGGGAGGGAUUUCAUUGCAUUUGGCCUAAAGAGGUUGGACUGGAUGGCCUUUGGGAGUCCCAACUCUAGGAUUCUAUAACCCAUACCUUUCUGAUGACUAUGAGCUGGAUGGGCAUCUGUCGGGAGGGAUUUCAUUGCAUCUGGCUGGAUAGGGUUGGUCUGCAUAGCCUUUAGGGGUCCCUUAUGAUUCAGAGCUUAGGUGGCCAUCUGUCGGGAGGGAUUUAAUUCCAUCUGGCCAGAAAGGGUUGGACUGGAUGGCCUUUGGGGGUUCCAAGACUUGGACUGUAUGAUUCAGAGCUUGGAUGGGCAUCUGUCGGGAGGGAUUUCAAUGCAUCUGGCUGGAUGUGGUUGGACUGGAUGACCUUUGGGGGUUCCAACUCUAGGACUGUAUAGCCUACGCCCUUUCUGAUGACUAUGAGGCUGGAUGAGCAUCUGUCGGGAGGGAUUUCGUUGCAUCUGGCUGGAGUUAGACUGGAUGGCCUUUGGGGGUUCCAAUUCUAAGAUUGUAUAGCCUACGCCCUUUCUGAUGACUAUGAGGCUGGAUGGGCCUCUGUUGGGAGGGAUUUCAUCUGUCAGGAGGGAUUUCAUUGCAUCUGUCCUAAAGAGGUUGGACUGGAUAGCCUUUGAGGGUCCCAACUCUAGGAUUGCAUAGCCCACGCCCUUUCUGAUGACUAUGAGGCUGGAUGAGCAUCUGUUGGGAGGGAUUUCAUUGCAUCUGGCUGGAUGGGGUUGGUCUGCGUAGCCUUUAGGGGUCCCGCAUGAUUCAGAGCUUAGGUGGCCAUCUGUCGGGAAAGAUUUAAUUCCAUCUGGCUGGAAAGGGUUGGACUGGAUGACCUUUGGGGGUUCCAACUCUAGGACUGUAUGAUUCAGAGCUUGGAUGGGCAUCUGUCGGGAGGGAUUUCAUUGGAUCUGGCCGGAAAGGGUUGGACUGGAUAGCCUUUGAGGGUCCCCACUCCCCACUCUAGGAUUGUAUAGUCCACGCCCUUUCUGAUGACUAUGAGGUUGGUUGGGCCUCUGUCGGGAGGGAUUUAAUUGCAUUAAAAAGGUGGGGGGGGGAUUGGGAAAGGGGGCGGAGCUUAGAACAGGAGCCCCCUCCCCUUUGGCAUGGACCUUAUAAAGCCCUGGAAAGGCGAGAAAGAGGAAAGGAGAGUGUGCUUCCAGCCUCUCUCUCUGUCUCUAUCCCGAUCCAAGCCCCCGGGGGUCCGACUAGAUGCCCUCAUGGCGGGCCCGGGUCUCCUGCGCUGGGCGCUGGCCUGGGCGCUGCUCUGGGCUUCCUCUGCCGCCUGGUACAAGCACGUGGCCAGCCCCCGAUACCACACGGUGGGGAGAGCCUCGGGGCUGCUGAUGGGGGUCCGGCGCUCGCCCUACCUCUGGAGGAGGAACCCCGCCGCCCCGGAGACCGAGAAGGAGGCCGAGCGGACCCUGAGCCUCCUCCGCGGAGACCCCGCCCCGCCGCCCCCCAGGAAGGCCGGGAAGGGGGCUUGGGCGUGGGUCUCCCCGUGGAGCCCCCCGGAGCAGCAGAGGAGGAGGAGGAGCAGGGACCCCAGACUCCACGGAGAGGGGGAGAGGAUGUUUGAGCUCACAAUCUAAGGAAACACAAGCCUGUCCUGCAGAAAAGGUGCCCAGAAAACCGCACACGCGUGUCCCCGGGAACAUGGUCCCCCUUUUCCACCUGUUUGGACUCAAUCCACUUUCCAGGAAGAAGCAAAGCGACUGCAAAACCCAUCACCCCCCCCCCCCCCCCCCCCCCCAGUUCUGGGAUGCCUGAAGAUAUUUCAAAACUCCCCCAAACAUGUCGGGAUGCAAAGCGGGAAUUUGGAGGCUCAGGUGGAGAAUAAAGCAAGGAAAUGCAUGA